UCGCGGCGGUGUCUACUUAAAAAGCUAUAAAUCACACUAUCGUAACGCAUUCGAAAGAGUUACUAAAUAAAUGGCAACAAAUUGCAAGUGUUUGAGGAAGUUAAUUCUGAAGUGUUUCAAGUACCAAAAUUGCAGAUAAGCUUGUAGCUUCUUAAAGAAAAAGAACGAAUGCACUCAGGCGCAAUUUCAUGACACAUUCAAAUUUUCAAAGCCCACAAAGUGACAAAUCCCAGUGUUUAUAAAUUUUUCCAAAUGAAUUGGCUUUGAAAAAGUGCUAAACAUAUAAAGAACAAGAAAAGCAACAACUUAAAACAAAACUAUAGUGCAAACCACCUCUAUGUUUUUAAAACAACAACGGACUAAAGUGGGGUUUUUAAUGUUACCAAAAAGAUAGUAAAUCAGUGAACAUACAAUAAGAAAGCAUAUAUUUGCAUAGCUAACAAAGCAAGUGAAUAUUAACGGUAAAUAAGUAAUUUAAACGCCGUCAACUUCAAACACCAAAGUAAACGCCAUCAACGCACACCGUCCAAACUACUAAGCCCAGCCAUGGCCAAGUGUUUUAUCCUAUUCAUACUGAUCGCCUUCGUCGUGCUCGAUCACAGCAUCAUCUAUGGACGUUACCACAGUGACACACAUGGUCCGAACGACUCUGACGGCCGGCAAGCGAUUGCGGAUCACAUGCGUCCAGCACAACACCACAAUCACCGGCAUUUACUGUCGGCGCACACAUUGCCACACACAGGCAAGCGUACGCCGCAUGUGAAGAACAAUCGACCGCGUGUUGCUAAGUCGCGACGCAUACGACAGUCGUCGUGGCAAGAGAAUGUGCCGCCAGAUACUAUAAGUAGCGCAGAGCAGCGUGCGGAACGCGAAGAAGCCGAAGCGGCGCUGCGACGUUACGUGCACAUACAACGCCACAUGGCGCAUCAGCAGGAGCAUCUGCUGCAUCACCAAGACGAAUACGGACGUAAUCAAAAGCAAAGGGCGACACAAAUACAAGAGUGGCGAUCCGAAGAGCAGCAAAAGCAGCGCGAUGUGUCGCUAUACCCAUUUAAUAUGCGCAUGCCGCGUAUUUGGCAGCACUUAGGCGGCACCGCGGAUGUAAUGCUCGGCGAUGCGCCGAGCUAUGACAGCGUGGAGACACAACGUUUCGAUGUGUCACUGCCGCUGGCGGAGACCACUAGCGAUUCUGAUGAGCUGGAUGAUUUUUUGGCGCCCACUGUGGAAGCAGAGCAGAGCAAUUCGCUGGAAUCGGAGUCGGAGUCGUCAGAGAAGGAGCAAAGCUCGGAGACUGUAAGACAACAAGAAACCAACGGUAAGACCGAUUGUCCAAAAUGUGAAAGUAGUCGGCGCGUGGAACACAUCAGCGAGGAAGAGCUGACACUGCUGCGCAUCGAGUAUGUGAAACAACAGAUUUUGGAGAAGCUGCGGCUGAAAGAGCGUCCCAAUGUGUCGGCGGUCAGUUUGCCCAAACCUAUUUAUGAGGGCACAACCAUCGAUGAGGAGGAAGAGGACAGCGCUAAAAAUAAGGAAGUAGAUGAUUACUAUGCGCGUACGAGCAAAAAGUUCAUCUUCCUGCAGAAAGAAAAACGCGAAUGUCAGCGUUUGGGCACGAAUUCAUCCAUGUGCUUCUCGUUCAAAAUCGACGAUGCUGAUGCUGAUGGCUUCGAUGUCAAUACCGCUGUGCUCUGGCUCUUCAAGAGUAAAAGCAAACGCACGCAUAGGCGAAAAGCCGCGCGUACAAGUCCGCAAACCAUUGUCGUGUCGGAAGUGCAGCAAAACACACACCCGACCUAUUUACCAGUCGUGAAAACAAUCGCCAUACAGGCGAUCGAUGUGCAAGACGAAUGGAUGAAGAUCGAUAUUGAAUGGCCCAUCAAACGUUGGUUCGGCAAUCACGAUCUCAGCCAUCUCAUACACAUCUCAUGCCGCACUUGCGACAUGGCCGCAAUGGAGGAUAUGAUAUCCGUUGACAAGGAUUAUCGACCCUUUAUAAUGGUCGAUACGCGUAAUCGGCGGCGCGCUUCACGCCAGAAACGUGGCAUCAAUUGCACCGACGGUGUAACGGAGUGCUGCCGUGAGAAGCUCUACAUCUCAUUCGAUGAGAUCGGUUGGGGUGAUUGGAUCAUUCAACCGCGCGGCUAUGAUGCCUACUUCUGUCGGGGCACCUGCGGCAGCGUAGCCAGUGUGGCACAGUCGGCGACGCAUCACAGUGCCUUCCUGCAGAAAAUUGCAUUGUCGCGACGCAACAACCGUGACAGCAAACCGCUUGAGCUGGUACCUUGCUGCACCGCCAAACAGUAUUCUCCGCUGAAGCUCGUCUUUAUGGAUAGCAAUAAUACUGCGACACAGAAAACCUUUCCGAAUAUGGUUAUUGAGUCGUGCGGCUGUCGGUAGUCGUAUCGUUGCGUCGCUCGCGACGCCAGCUGAAUGCAUACUGUAUUAUCGCCUUAGUUUGUAAGCUUAUUUGUCUCAAAUGUCUCGCAUUAAUUUGAAAAUCCAUAAACAUUGCAUGCAUGACCGUUUUGUAAUUAUAAGUCUCAUUCAGUUACCUUUAAGUAAUCAUUUGUUUUUCCAUCCAGCCAAUUAGCAUUAUCGUUGUUAAACCGUUUAGUUUUUUUGUUGUAAAUGCUCAUUGAACUUAAAUCGCUGCCAUAAAAUAAUUAAUUUAUAUUUAGGCUUAAUUGAUUUUAACAUUUUCUGCUGUUUUUUAUAAGAACUGCUCAGUACUUAAGCUCUCGAAGAGAUAUUAGUUACUAUAACUGUUAAGAUUUUGUAUUAAUUAGAGUUUUACCAAAAAUAAUUUAAGUAGUUACGUUUUGGAAUUGUAAACAUUUAGUUCAAUUUCUAGUUAAUUCAUAUUUUUUAAGACUUAGUUAUAUUGGGAUGCUCGA